AUGUUGUUUGACCGACAGUGUGGUAAGGGAAGUUUUGUGGGCGGUGAUGAAGAUCGGAUAAGUCGGUUACCAGGCGGCAUUCUUGUCGAUAUUAUCUAUCUCCUAUCGCUCAAGGAAGCAGGUCGAACAAGUAUUCUUUCACCCCGUUGGAAAAACCUUUGGAAGCACACACCCUCUCUCGAUUUUAAUUCUCAAAGUGCAUUCCGACCAAACCCGAAAAAGUUAGUGAAUUGGGUGGACUCCGUUAUCAAAUCACACACAUCUCCUACAUUGAAAGAUUUCAGAAUCGGUUUUCCUCUAGACAGAUCGUUCGGUGAUUCAAUCACUCGUUGGCUCGAAUUCGCCUUCUCUAGAGAAGUCGAGAUGUUGGAGUUGAACUUGGAGGCCUACCCGUUUCGUUACUGUUGGUACGAGUAUUAUCGUUUCCCCAAGGAGUUGUCUGCACCAAGUAAUACACUUUUCGUCUUUAGUUGCCUCAGAGGAUUGGGUUUCAAGUGUGUUAACAUGCGCGGUGGAGCUAUCGAGUGA